AUAUUGAUAUACUCUAUGAUUUUAUUGUCAAUUUCUCAACAUCCAUCAAUGUAUUGAAUAUAUUUUUCAUUUUAAAGAUUUACGAUUGUUUUGUGUGAAAUUGUAUAAAAAACGCAAAGGUAUGGUAAAUUUGGCCGAUACUUUAAUGAUUAAUACGGUGGCGGAUGGAGCUAUGAAUUUAUUACGCCAUAUUGGUAUAUUUAAGUCUAAGUCAGUAAAUCCACCUCCGGCUCCGAUCAUUGUCAGAAUGCCUCUCUGGGAGCUCGCACAAGGAGCUGGGCCUUUUGUAAGGCUCGCAGGCAUCAGUGGCGCUGCAGCCGUAGUGCUCGGUGCCAUGGGCGCACAUCGCACCUUCCCUGAGACAGAUACUAAAGAAGACCUACGGAAAAUAUUUGACACUGCUAAUCGAUUUCACUUCUUGCACACUCUUGCAUUGAUGACAGUGCCUUUAUGCAGGAGACCAUAUAUCGCAGGUGCAUUUUUUAUAGCGGGUAUGGGACUCUUUAGUGGCACAUGUUACUACCAUGCUUUCACUGGUAACCGUAGCCUCCGCCGUCUUACACCCAUUGGUGGCUCCUGCCUCAUUCUAGGCUGGAUUGCAAUGGUACUAUAAGUUUUAUACAAACGUAGUUAUCUAUUUAUUUUCCAAUAUUUCAAAUGUAUGAGGUAGGGUCAUUGUGAAUAGUACAAUUCAUUUAUUCCAGCUUUGUGUAGUGUAUCAUAACUAUAGGUUAUAUUUUGAAUUAAGUUAGCUAUUGUAUUGUUCCCUUAGACUUAAAUAUAUUUGAAAAUACUUUCUGCUAAAUAUUGGUGAUGAAAAACUGUUCAGUUGAUAACUAUAUUUUUCUGAUAUAAAAUUUGCCCUUAAACCAGGCCAAUAAUAUAUCCUGUAAACAGGUUUAUACUGUAAUUUUUACCAGUACAUAAAAAAAUGGGAUUGCUUUAUUUUUGUUUUACGAAAGUUUCCUUUUGUGAUAUGUGUAGUUACUAUUAUUAAUUAAUGACAUUAUAUAACAAUACAGUUCAUUGUACAUAUUUUAUUAUUGUAGAUUGUGAAGUGGAUUCAUUUAAUAUAUGUAUUAUUGAUGUGUUAAAGUGUUUUAUCCUUUAUUGUCCUCAGACCUCUUGGUUAAUUAUAUUAUUGGGUU